CCUCUAAUUCCCACCAAGACGCGUUUAAGGGUGGAUGGACGGUGCGUACGUCCGUAUCUUCCGAAGAUAGGCGACUUCCGUUGUCUGUGCUGAUCACAAACCACUUUUAAACCGCGGGGAGAUAAAAAGAAGAAGAAGUGAUUGCUUUGUUUUGGUUUUGUUUUUUUAAAUCUAAAUCCCCGCUGGAUGUAAAAUCGCGUUGUCCGUUGCGAACACCGUGUUGCGAGGAGUUCAGUGAGGGUCCUUCACAGACGACUCCGUAUCGCCGCUUUCUGCGCUCUUUUCCUGAGACGGGAACUUUCACAAGGACAAAUCCCCCCCCCCAGAGGAUGCAACUGCUCCGAUCCUAAAUCGACUGAUCAUAAAACAGGGGAACUAAACUAACAACCGAAACCAAUAAGUGGCGUUACAAGUGAUGGAAAGUCAACGUGUGGAUCUGGAUGGCGAGCCGUCGUCUACAGGCGACAGGACGGCGAUGUGACCGUAGAAGAGAAGAAGACUGGACUGAAUAAAGAGCAUUGGAUUCAUUGUGACAAGUGGACUCGAUGCCAGAUAGGCUUUUAAUUUUUCCCCAUAAGUAAUGACCUGAUUCCCUCUCCACUUGAAGGCCAAUGGAAAAUUAAUAGCUGAAACUUGGCUUUUCUAAAGGUUAAGUAUGACCGCGGCUGCAGGUGUGCUUACAGGUUUGGCAAAGCUCAAACGGCAAGAUUCAGCACGGUCUCAGCAUCGCGCCGCACAACAAGCCGCUUCCCCGGGCCUUGGAAAUGCUGCUCCUGAAGCUGCCCCCAGAAAGAGGAAGCGCCGCUCUGACGUGGUGGUGGUGCGGGGCCGGCUCCGGCUCUAUUCUGCCUCGGGCUUCUUCCUCCUGCUGGGACUGGUCAUCCUUGCCAUGGGCAUCGGGAUGGCUACGCUGGGUUACUGGCCACAAAGAGAGGCCUCGUCGUUACCCAAAACACCUACAGGAGUUGGAGGGGGGUCCCAAAGGAUCACUGCUGGGGGAACCAAACUGGCUGCCAUAGGAGCCAAAAGUCCCACGUCAGGUGAAACUGAUGGAGUCAAAACGGCUGUCACCGAGGGAGGUGCAGAGGUGGACGCCGACACCGGUGCUGUCAGCAAUGUGCAAGGAAAGUCCUCCGUGCAGACAGGGGGCGCUCUGUCACGUUUCCUGGAACAGCAUCGUCAUUCGGAGAGGAUGAAGAUGCUAGGGCCGUUCACCAUGGGCAUUGGGAUCUUCAUUUUUAUCUGCGCCAAUGCCAUACUUCAUGAAAACAGAGACCGAGAGACAAAGGUAAUCCAUAUGAGAGACAUGUACUCCACAGUCAUUGAUAUCCAUCGCCUUCGACAGAGAGAGCGUAAACAGUACCACCACAAUGGCUCCUUCUGUAGUGGCUCCUUCUCUGGAGAGCCUGGGGAGCUUCGAACCGUCAGUGCAGAGAACUCCGGUGUGCCAAGGCUGGCUGGUAACACUCUCCUUGCCUUCUCUUCUCGUGUGGGUGGUUCUGUGGGAGGAGUGGGGUCAACAGAGGAGGAGGAGGAGGGGCUCUUGGGAGAAGGUGAGUUUCAGAGACAUGGGGAGCAGAUUCGGGUGGAUUGCAUGCUGGGAGGACUCCUGGCACCGCUUUAUAAAGAUCGGCCUUUCUGCAGUCCCAGGAUGGGGGUGGCUCAUGUGGAUGCUGUCCGCCACCAGUGGUCCAUGGAGAGAGAGAAGGGAGGACACCACGCACGCUCCAUUGUGUCCUCCUCUCUCUCUGCCUUUACCCUACCUGUGAUUAAACUGAAUAAUUGUGUUAUCGAUGAGCCAGAGAUGGAAGCAAUCACAGAGGAAGAGAGAGGAGGAGAGAGAAGAGGGGGGGGGGGACAAAUUGAAAGACCACAACCUCUUGGCUCCAUGGAAUCGUUGACCAUCCCUGUAGCAGUUGUUUCCAAAGCAUCCAAACCACCCACCUUGCACCGCAGCAACUCUGCCUGCUCUUCCUCUCCAGGCUCCCCUCUCUCCUCUUCCUCACUCUCCCCAGCUCCAUCCUCCACCUCGGGCUGUUGGCUCUCCCCUGGAGUGGCAAGGGUCGACUUUGGCUCCAACUCCUCUUUGCACGUGUUCAGUAGCCACUCGAAAUCUCUGGACCUGGAGCGUGGACCGAGCAUGCUGAUUGUGCGCCCGGAGCAACGGAAGCACCCAAGCUGGCCCCGUCUCGACCGCAGCAACAGCAGCCGAAACAACAGCAUCAACCGUGGUAGCAGCAAAGGCUACGUAAGACUAGAAGACAGGGAGGAGCAAGGGGAGAGGCUGCUAGGCAUGUCACCCGCUGCGAUGGCAAGGCGAGACUACAGUAAGCGAGAGAAGCUGCUGAUGAUAUCAAGGUCACACAACAACCUGAGCUUUGAGCACGAUGAGUUCAACAACAGCAUGCUAAAGAGGGGGAGCUCAGAAACUCGCUUCUAGAGCAGCUGACAGUUCUGGAUACAGCUCCGAACACACAGUAGCUCUGAGCGCAACAGAGAUUUAAGCUGGAGGCGUUUGAACAUUUUUGUUGUGCCAAGAGGAGAGAAUCCUUGGAGUGACAUAGUGAGUAGGGGGAAAUGGCCACCAACCCAGCCUGUGUUGGCAAGUAUAUCCGCCCGGCUGAAAUUUCCUUCACUAAGACACUGGAUCUUGCUACCAGCUCCAGUAUCUGACCCUUGCACUCUGAUACUUCUAUAGAAGUAUCCCAUUACAUCAUUAUAUAAUACAAAGAAGGUUCUAAUGCUCAAACAUGGAUCUGGGAAAAGUUUUAAAAAGGCCCUUCAAAAUGGUCCUUUAAAAAGUUUUAAAACGAUUCCAGAUGGUGUUCCAAUAGUGCUGUGAUAAGUUUUUCUUUCUUUUUCCAACAGCUGCCAAUGAUAUCUGUAAGCCUCAUGGCAGCUGGAGCUCUGAUCAGGUUGAGUUUAAUUACUGCACUUGGAAGAGCGGAAGUUGAACUUUUAUUGUCAAGAUACCUGUACCGCUUACAUGCGGUGGUAAUAGUCGGUUCUGAUAUGACUUCAUCGACACUAUCUCGACUUUCGAGUUUGAUGGCUGAGGAGGGUGGGAAGCCCUAGGACAAAUGACUGCGUACAUAUGAUCCUGAUAUCUGCUAGUCUAGAUGAUUACAAAGACGGGUGUAGUUUUUUGUUUUCUAAAACUUUUUACGAGCAGAGCGGCUCAUCUGAGGCCAAAUUCUAAAGGCCAAGGUGGACUUGAUUCUGAAUACACUUUUAUAAAUAAAUAUUGUUCCUCAUGUGGUACUUUAUAUAGACUAGACAUUUUUAACAGAGUUGAAACAAUAUGCGUUAAAUAACUGUCUGCUGAAGAAGUAAGUCAUGAGAUUCAGUAAUUUUAAAUGGGUUUUGGAAUGGGCAUCAAUUCAUUCUGGCACAUACAGAUGACUGAUCCAAUAAGGCCCUUUUCACAACGCACCCUAGCACAUUUUUAUUCCUUGGCUAAAUGGUCUUUUAGAGCAGAGGUGACUGGAGUUACACAGUGGCAUGGUCUAAUGCUGGGUUAAUUCUCUCCUGAGCCCUGGAUUUAAUGACAGCAUUUAGCAGUAAAUCCAGAACCUUGCCCUUGAAGUAGUAUACAAAGUGGCUAAAUUAGAAAAGGGCCAGCUCUUCUUUGCUAAGGAUGUGCAGUGUGAAACGUGUCUUCUGGGGUUGUAAACCGAUUCAAGUGAGUCACACGACAGCCCGUUGAAGAGAGGGAGAGGCGUCUCAGACACAACUUUCCAAAGACCAAAGGGUAUAAUUACAAUUGCUUGUGUGUGUGUGUGUGUGUGUGUGUGUGUGUGUGUG